GCAAAAAAGGGAAAACAAAUUAUUUGUAUUAUGUUCCUCUUCCUUCUUCAACAUCAAAGGAGCAAAAAAUUGUUUUGUUAUUAUUUCUUUCUCCUUCACGUCAACUGUAUCGCAGCUGUAGAUCAUCACAGGUGCAUAUUUUCUUUCGCGAUUUGCCUUGCUUUCGACGAUUGUUCUUUGUUUUGCCAAGUCGAUCGAUCCCCGGGUUCGAACAGUGAAUAACUGCUCGUAGAAAGUUGCUGAGUAGUGCGUUUUCCGACUGAUCCAUCCUCUCACCUGGUCAAAUUAUCAUCUGAAAGGCGUUCUUAAAGCAAAAGGGUAGACGCACCAUGUCCGCUAAAAAAACAACACAGAAAAAGCCUACAGCAGCAGCAUUGAUGCGGGCCAUUCAACUAAAACACGUUAAGGAUGAUUCUCCGGCGGUUCCACUGGGAAAGCAGGAUGCAUCGACGCAAACAGAACCAAACGAGUCUGCGGAGGCGAACGACAAUCUCAACGUCAAAAUGAACAAAUGUCUGUUGAUGUUGUCGCACCUAAAUACUAAGGUGGAUGCGCUGGGUGCAAACCAAUACCAGCAGCAAGGAAGUUCCAGUGAUCGGUUCAGCGUAAAACUUUCUAAGGUGAAUUUUCAACCAGUGAAAAGCUUAGUCGAUUUUGAAGCUUUGGAGGAUCGCUGCCGAGAUGAAGCUUUCGUGAAAGCGACAGUUGCUUCGAUUGGACAUAUUCACGGUCAUCACCGAUAUACUGGCCAAGGUGCAACAGUGAGUCUCCGAAUAAUCGACCACUUUUUUUCUCGGGAUUUCCUCAUGAAGUGUUCAUGGACAGGCGCCAGCCGUUCUUCAGGUAAUGAACCAAGCAAGAGGCAGAAAAUCGCUUUCAUGAAGUAUGAUAGAUCAAUUGACUUGUUCUAUCAGACGGUGCUUUAUUCGGACCCAACAUAUACUAUCGACGAAUGCAAAUCUUUUCUGCAUCGCUGCUUGAAAAAUGCUAGUCAACGGUUCGCGGAAGUGAGCGGAACAAGGAAACCAGUAUCUCGGAAGCGGAAGCGAUUGGCAACUGGAGAGGAUCGGGAGGAAUCAACGGAAGAUGAUCCGGACGGAGAUGAGAGUGGAGAUAUUGUUAUUGAGAAUCAUAAAAUCGAAGAGAGAGAACAAGAUUACGACGACGGAUCACCAGCAGAAACUUCCGGAAACACGUCGUGGCAGGUGGAGUUUCUGGAAAAUAAUGCGGACGAAGAAGAUGUUCCACUCCAACUGGUGAAAAGCGAAAAUUAGUGCGUUGAACAAUACAUUUGAUUGUUUUUUUUUUUGCUGUCUAUUUUUCAGUGAUGAUUUUUUUAAAUAAAACCGAACAAUGAAUUGACCAGAGAUUUUUUUUUAUUUAUAUUUAAAAAUACA